UUGCUUCUUUUGUUCAGCUGAUCCCGCAGCCCUUCCUCCCCAGCGGAGAACUUCCCGCAGUCCAGAAAGCCCCUAUAAACUCGACACCCCAAGGUUCACUGGCCACACUUCACCUUUUCCAUUUCACGGUCAAUCAUUCUCCACUGCACGCUCCACUGAAGGCAGCUUUGCAGUGGUCAGCUUUGGACUUACAAACUAUUUGCUGACCCGAGGCAGCGGUGCUGGGAGGAGGGACAGGUCUGGGGAGGCAGGGAAGGUCUCCUGCUCCUGCCUUGCUUUUCUUUCUCACUCCAUCCCUGGAGACCAGAAGGCCACGUUAUGAUCCAGCAACAGCUGAGACAGCUCCUUCCAGAGAGGGAGGUGGAUCCUUCUGCCGCCCUUGCCCUGCUCGGCAGCUCGGCAGCAGCUGUGGUGGUCUGGAAAUGGCUGGGCAAAAGGCAGAUCCAGAAGAAAAUGGAAGAGGUUCGGAGGACCCGGGAUGAGGGUGUGAAGAAAAUGGCAAAGGCUGUCCAGCAGUUCAGGGAGCAGGUCCCCAGUGUCCAGACAGAUGCCAUCCUGUCCCUGUCCCUGCUGGAACUCACUGAGAAACUGCGGGAAGGGUCUCUGUCCCCCAGGACUGUCCUCUACACCUACUUAGAGAAGGCCCUGGAAGUGACCCAGCAGACAAACUGCUUGCGACAUUUUAUCCCAGAGUGUGAGGAGCAGCUCCAGGAAAUACAACGGCAGAAGGAGAAAGGGCUGCUCUAUGGCAUCCCUGUCAGCAUCAAGGAUCACAUCAGCCACAAGGGUCACCUGUCAACCUGUGGGCUUGUGCAAUGCCUGGACACUCCGGUGCAGGAGGACAGCGUCCUAGUCAAGGUUUUGAAGAGUCAAGGGGCCAUCCCAUUUGCAAUGACCAACGUGCCGCAAUCCCUCUUCAACUACGACUGCAGCAAUCCCAUCUUCGGCCAGACCUUGAACCCUCUCAACCACCAGAAGAGCCCUGGGGGCUCCUCGGGAGGGGAGGGAGCUCUGAUCGCAGGGGGAGGCUCCAUCCUGGGCAUCGGUUCGGACGUCGGUGGCAGCAUCCGCCUGCCAUCCAGCUUCUGCGGGCUCUGCGGGCUCAAACCCACGGCCGAAAGGCUCAGUCUGUCUGGAGUGAGUGGCUCAGUCAGUGGGAUCCUGGCAGUUCCUUGGGUGCUGGGGCCGAUGGCGAGAGAUGUGGACAGCCUGGCCCUGUGCAUGAAGGCGCUGCUCUGUCAGGAGAUGUUCCAGCUGGACCCCACCGUGCCCCCCAUGCCCUUCGAUGAGGACGUGUACUCCAGCUCUGCUCGCCUGCGGGUCGGGUACUACGACACCGACGGCUACUUCCCACUGCCCCCCUGCGCGCGGCGAGCGGUGCGGGAAACGCGGGAGGCUCUGCAGGCAGCUGGGCACCAGCUGGUGCCCUUUUCUCCACCACGGAUCCACUAUGUCAUGACUGAACUGUUUUUGAAGACAUUUUUUGCUGACGGAGGCCGUGCUUGGUUGGACUUGUUCACAGGAGGUAUUGUAGAUCCAAGCUUGAAAUCACAGGUGAAUUCCUGCAAGAUCCCGAGGCUGGGGAAGAAGCUGCUGGCUCUGAUUCUUAAACCUCUGUUUCCCCGCCUGGCUGACUAUCUGAGCGCCUUAGGCGGAAUGAGGUCAGUGAAGGAGAUGUGGAAUCAUCACCAUGAAAUAGAGGCGUACCGCACCGAGUUCAUCGCCCGGUGGAGGGAACUCCGGCUGGACGUUGUGCUGUGCCCUGUCCUGGGGCCUGCCUUCACCACGGGAUACGCCGGGAAACUCCUCACUGCCAUCUCCUCCACGAUGCUGUACAACGUCUUGAACUUCCCCGCUGGGGUUGUGCCCGUCAGCACAGUGACAGAAGCUGAUGAGGAAGAGCUAAAGCUUUACCAAGGAUACUGUGAUGACCCCUGGGACCGGACGCUGAAACAGGCCGUGGCAGGAGCCGUGGGGCUGCCCGUGGCCGUGCAGUGCGUGGCCUUGCCGUGGCGGGAGGAGCUGUGCCUCCGGUUCAUGAAGGAGGUGGAGACCCUCGGCCGCGAGAAGAGAGCGGCAUAGCCUCCGCAGUCCCACGCUCGCAGGGCCAGAGGCAAGGCGAAACGGACAGCGCUGCACGACUUCUCUUUUGCAACUGGCAGUGCAGAGAUUACAGCGAGGAGGGAAGGAGGAAGGAAAAGCCAUUUCCUGACCCUCCUCCUUGCCAAUAAGCACAGAUCCUGUAAGGAACCAAGAUGCCACGCAGAGGGCAGCAUUGGCUUAAGCUGGGUUCAAAUGAUGCUAAAUCUAUGAACUGCACCUUCCUGGAAGUAUGGACAUGGAUGGGGGUUCACCCUCAUUUUCAUCUAUGCUGCCCUCUUGCAGAAGCAGCAGGGUGAUGCUGAGAGAAAAGGAUUACAAAAGCUCAAUAGUAUUUUCUUGCUGGCACUGGAGUAACUUCAUAUGGAUGUAACAAUGGGCUGCCCUGUAAGGAAUACAGCCAUGUCUACCCUCCCCAUCACUGUAUUUUGCUCACAAAAAUAAAAAUAUAGCUGUUAAGCAACUCA